UGCCGUUGUCGGACGUCGGUCUCCAUCGUCUGCGGUGGCCUUAGGGCCAUGGCAUUGCAGUGGAUCUCUGCCCUUGCCUGCGGGAGGGCUCUGUUUUCAGUUGUUUUUUCGCGUUUUUUUAGGGUUUGUGUCCUGCUAAGGAAGACGAGACGGCGACGGCUCUCUAAAGAUGGAAUAAGGUUCUCCCCGUGUAGCCCCUGUCCCGAUGGAGCAUCAUCGGUGGGCGUGUGGAGGUGUGCCUCUGGCGGAUCUGUCCUUGGUAGAUUUGCUCGGAUCUGGUCGUAGUUCGUCUAUGUUCAUGUGUUUUCAGGUUGGAUCAUUCCGAUCUAUGCUAUUCUUUAUCGGCGGCGGUUGCUGUUCUGUUGCGCUGGUCCUAUAGGAACUUAGUACGACGAUCUUCCGACUGUCUACUACAAUAAGUUUUGUCCGGCUCUUGUGAGGGAGGGGCAAUGACGGCGGCGCGCCUUCGGCUUAGUUCGGUGCUUGUAGUCGUCGCUAGGUGGUCUACGGACCUGGAUGUAAUUUUAUUAUUUUUGGUGUUCAUUGUACUGUCAUAAUUGAUGAUGAAUCGAUCGGAAGUUUUGCCUUAAAAAAAGAAAAAAGAAAAAGAACACGGAAGCUAAUGAGGGCGAGGUACCAUCGACGAGGACAACGGGUCGAGUGGCUACGUAUCUGUCCAAAACACAAGAGUAAAGUAAAAUACACCUAAAAACAUCGUAGUCGGCCAUAACACAAGAGGGUGCACGUGAAAACUUAAUGCACGAGGCAGGUAGGAGUUAGCGGGCACCGCAUGAUCGCGUAGGGUACGCAUCGCACACGUAGACGAUCUCAACCGUGUACGUGGCUCUCAGCAGAGCACGGCUCAUUUAUGCACAUCACUUCUUAAUAAUCACUGCCCAUGCGGAGCAUCGUCUCCUAUAAAUUGGGGCCAUACGAGUCUUGUUCCUGUGCGUUUUCGCAGCAGGGAAGGCAGCCAUGGAGAGCAAGCAUUUCAAGAGCGUGAUCAUGUGUGCACUCAUACUGGGACUUGUCCCGGGACAAAUCCAAGUGGUAGAGGGCAAGAGCUGCUGCAAGGGCAACAGCUCAAGAAACUGUUACAAUGUGUGCCGUCUUAGAGCAUCUUCAGCCGCGUCCUCAGAAAGGCCUUCCCAGGCGAUUUUUUCACGCCAGUGUCGAAAAAUCGGCCCAGUCGCGCCCCCAGGAGCCCGAUUUUUGCCGGCCUGGGCCGAAAUUAGCGCCGGCGGACCCAAGUCGAACCCGCCGCGCUGGGGCGCCGGGGCGAGCGGUUUUGGCGCGAAAGAGCCGCGGGCCCGGCGCGUCAGCGACACCGCGCGUCGUCUUCCCCCCAAUGCCUCGGUUUCCCGCGGGGAAUCAAUGGCAAGGCUGCCGCCGGUCAGCCUUAUCAUUGAUUCCUCACGGGCGGCGCGCCGACGCCUCCCCUCCCUCGCACGCGUACACACGGGCGCGGUGCGGCUAUAUAAGCAGGUGGCCUCCCUCGCCUCUGGCCACACCAGCCCUAGCCCUAGCCGCCGAGCUCUACCUCUUCCGAGCGCCGCCGUCGAGCCCUCCCUCUCCCGAUGGCCGAUCGAUUCCCCGGAGAUGAGGCGGCGGCCAACGGCUUCGGCCGCCGCUCGCUCCGCGAACAGGAGUCUUGGCUCCUGUUCCAGGCAAACAUCCCGGCGUCGCCGGACAUGCGCGUCGGGCCGACGGGGUGGAGACUCAGCAACGGGGGAGCGCCCAUUCCCCCGUUGCCCGACGCCGUGGCGAAACCGUCCUACUUCGCCGACGAGGUCGAGGUCGUGCGCGCCUCUCUCACCGACGCCCAACUCUCCCUCCCCGAGUACGCCGCCGACAACCAAGCGGCGUGGACGGCAUACUUCCAGCGCCGGCAACAGCAGAGGAUGGCGUCCACCAACGGCGCGCCGGUGGUGGCCGGCCUGAAGAACAGCGAGGGACGCCACCUGUGGUGGGGUGUCCCCGGCCGCACCCUCGAGGGUGUUUUGACGUACCUCGAGGGCGGCAACGACCCGCCGUUGGCAUACCCCCCGGCGAGGGCGGCAGCCACGGCCACGGCUCACCGCCGACGCGACGGGCAAUGGUUGCCCAAGAGGUUCGGCGCCUCCUCUUCUUCCUCCUCCUCGCGCUCUUCCUCGCACUCCUCCGGCACUGCUCGGCGUCAAGGCUGAGCCCGCGGCGGAGACGCCGCUCGGCCGGCGCACUCACAGCGCCGGCAUCGUCAUCAACGAGGGCGGCCGGCGCGCCUCCUCGUCGGCUCCUCCGCGCUUCGUCAAGCCCAAGACGGAGCCGGGGCUGGCGCCGGUGAAGACGGAGCCGGGCCUCCCCGCGGUGAAGACGGAGCACGGCGGCAACGUCGAGCUCGACGACGACGUGGCCCUGGAAUGGGCGCGCGCGGACUCCCUAAAGAUGGCGAGGGAGCGCCAGUGCGCCGCCCUGCGGCGAUUCGCGCAGCGCCGCCGGGGCCGCGACGAAGGAGGAGUCGUCGUCAUCGAGGACAGCGACGACGACGACGCGCCGCCGCCACCAGUUCGCGUUGGCGACGCCGGUCAGGGGUCUACCAGGGACGGCCGCGUCAAGGAGGAGAAGCCCGACGACGAUGACGGCGGCAAGGAUGGCGGCGACGACGGCGACUACUCCGCGUUUAGCCAGUUUCUUUUUAAUUAGAUAUAUUAUGUAAUAAAAAUCCGCGACUAUUAUGUAAUAUAUGCCGAACUUCGCCGAA